CAAAUUGCAAAUUUACUGCAUAAACUUUAAUAUUUAUUGAAGAAGUAACAGUGAAAUAAAACUUCCGCUCUAAAUAUUUUAAUUUGAAUCUCGUUGUCGAAUAAAACGUGACUGAUUAAACUGUAAUCGCGUUUCCGGAAAAAAAAUAAACAUGGAAAUAAAACAAGUAUUUGUAAAAAAAAGAUCAGAAUUUGGUAAACAAUGUAUUUUUGAUGACUCAGAGGUAACUGUUGAAGAAAAUAUAUUUCCAAAUCGUGAUUUUAUGAAAGAUUAUGUCAAUAUGAAUCCAGUCCACAGAGCUGUACAAAUCUCAAAACAAUUUGCAGUACACGAGGUUCAAACGGAAAGCACUGUGACCAAAGAAAGUGGAAUGAAUCACCUGGAAGGAGGUUGGCCAAAGGAAAUCAAUUUCACUGAUGAAGAAAUUGUCACUAGAUAUCGCAGGCGAGUUGAAAAAGAUGACAAUUGGGCUCCCAAAAUACGUCAGCUUGCUACACCAAUGGAGCAUUGUAUUCUUCAAAACAAUGCCGUAAAUAUUUACGACAAUUAUUUCGACGAUAUGAUACCAACGGAAUUGGUGUUGCCGUUGGGAAUAAGAACUGUAAAUGCCUUCAAAGAUCCUCAAACAUUGUCACGACCAAUAACCCACCUGUCAUGGUCACCAGAUCACGGCAACCGAUUGGCUGCGUCGUAUUGCUUUACUGAGUUUCAAAGAGUCUCUUCAGAUCUCAAUUCGUCCUCGUACAUCUGGGAUAUUGAAAAUCCGAACGUGGCAUUCAUGAGUUUAAAAGCUGUAGAUUCUUUGGUAACUAUUGAAUUCAAUCCCAACGACCCGUCAAUGUUGAUUAGUGGUUUGAUGUCAGGACAAGUUUGCAAUUGGGAUAUACGUACCAGUGAUACCCCUAUUUUUAUGUCGCAUUCCCAGUAUAGUCAUAAAAAUCCAGCAAAUUGUGUACUAUGGAUAAAUUCCAAAACAAAUACCGAAUUUUUUUCCGCAUCAACAGAUGGAACUAUUAACUGGUGGGACAUCAGAAUGCUCAGAAAACCAACAGAAAUUUUAAUAAUGGAUCUAGAAAAUCCGAUUCGCGGUGACAUGCUGAAAGCCGUUGGAGUGUCGGCAUUGCAAUUCGAGUCGACGAUCGGUACGAAAUUUAUGGCAGGAAUGGAAAACGGUAUUGUAGUAAGUGGGACACGAAAGGGUAAAAACCCAUCGGAAAAAAUGUCCAUGCGAUUUGAUUGUCACUGCGGGCCGGUGGUUGCGAUUGAUCGUAACCCAUUUAGCACUAAAAAUUUUUUAACCAUCGGCGAUUGGACAACUAAAAUUUGGGCUGAGGAUACAAAGGAAGGCAAUUUAAUUUCUACUACGCACCACGGAUCCAUUCCAGCUGGUGGAUGUUGGAGCACGUCACGUUAUUCAGUAUUUUACGUUAUAAAUAACGAUGGCAUGAUACAAGUAUUUGAUGUAUUAGUCGGUAUUAAAGACCCCGUACUCACAUCGCGUGUUUGCAAAGAGAAUCUCACAGCAAUAGCACCUCAUCAACAAGGAAAAUUUAUUGCUGUUGGUAAUAAUAUUGGGAAUAUAUUCAUGCUGGAAUCUUCUGAAGCAUUGACUACCAAUGCUCCCAAUGAUAAAAAUCUUAUGUCAAUGUACUUAGAGCGAUGUAGUCGUUACGAAAAAGCUGUAGACAAUCGUUUAAAGGAAACUCGUCUUAUGCAGAGAGUUACUUAUUCAGAGUCUGAAUCCACUGUACCGUCUCUUAAAGCUAAAGUUAAGGGCAAAAGUUUGUCGCGUAAGUCACAAAAGGAUAAGAAAAUUGAUGAUAGAAGGAAAAGUGAUAAGGAUAAAAAAAAAUUAAGGAUGAAAAGAACUAAAGAUACUUGGCAAGUUGGCGAUACGAAAUUAGCUGAUGAUGAAAAAACAUAUUUUGAAACAUUACAAAAGGAGAUUGAAAAAUAUACAGAAGCUAAGGCAUUUGUUGAGAGCGAUAAAUCGAUGGAAGGAUCUUCAGUGUUUUCAAUUAAAGAAUCAUCAAUUAAGCGCGGAAAGCACGAUGAUUUAAACGGAGAUAGGGAGAGAGGAAGUAGAAAGAGCGAGGUGGGAAAGCAAAGAUCUUCAAAAAGGCGAAGCGUUAAGGAUAAGAAAACAACCGGUAGAUUUUCUAAAAUGAAAGACAUUAUAAUAGUAAAGAAAAAGUCGGAUAUGACUGAGGGAGAAAAAACCGACGGUAAACUAACAGAGGAGAUACUUGACGAGAUAGAAAAGAUUGAGAUAAUAGGAGAUGAGCUGAGUGAGAAUGAAAAAUAUCUAGAGCAAACGACGUCAGAUGAAGACGACAAAGACCUUGGUGUUGGUGGUAGUCGAGGGAAAAAAAUUAUUAUAAAGAAUAAAAAAAAUAAUACCAAGUCUCGUGAGAAGCGUAAAACGUUUCUUAAACCAAAGAAAAAGUUUAAGAUACUUCAGCCCUGCGAUCAAGAAAUUUGUGAUCCGAUCUGCAGUGAUUUCAUACCCGGAUCAACAAACAGCGAAGGUGAAUAUGAAGAUAUAGAUGAUGACGAUAAUGACUCUUUAUUAAAGUUGGAAGAGUCCAAAAUAAACGCGUUGAUUGAAGAAAUGCAUGCGGGUUUACCUAAAAAUAUAUUGCCAAGUAAGGUAGAAAAUAUGAGACGCAAUAAAGAGGAAAAGAAAUUAAUUAUGAUGGAAAAUAAUGCGUUGCCGGUUGUUUUGAAUAAGGAAUUAAAAAAAAUAUAUAAGAAGAAAAAAAAUCGAGAAGAAAUUGUUACGGAGUUAACGGAAGUUAUUAAAAUACCGACAGUACAAAAGUCAGUUGAUUUCAAGGAUAAAGAGGAGGAAGAUGUGGAAGAGAAUGAAAAAAAACCGAAUCAAAGUGAGCAGCAAUCAAUUGAUGAGGAUAAAAUUAUUGAAUCGAAAAUUGAAAAAAAAUGUAAAAUUUACGGGUCUAAGCCGAUGACGGUUUCUUUCGGAAAUGACAUUCUCGGUGCUCUUGGGUCUAAAAUAAAAAUUGAUCCUGGGAAAAAAUGUGGGUCAAGUAAAUCUAAAGUAACGAAGAAAAAUGAUUACCCGAGGAUUUCUUCAAUAAAUAUAACAAAACAAUAAGUGAUAGUUGGCUAUGCGGUGAAAUAUCGAUGGAAAAUAUUCUCCAGGGAUUACUGUUACGAACUGAUAAAAGUUUGCGGGUAAAAAAAAGAGAGAGAGGAAAAGAAAAGAAUAAAAAAGUUUAUAAUGAAUAUUUGAACUCGUUUGAUAUUUCAAUAAGUUACAGCUUCCGUUUCAAUUACUCACCAUUCAAUUAAUAAAUUAUAUAGAUGAGUAUUGUCGUGUUUUUUUUCUGUAGGAUCGCAACUUAAUAACAGAAUAAAUGAACCGGAAGUGAAUAGAAAUAAUAUUUGAAGAUAUUAAUAUUGAAGUAAAUUUCAAUAGGUUUGAAAUAUAUAUUUUUUUAAGGACGUUCGUCGCAGAGGACAGAAAACUAAAGAAAGAAUGAUAGAAAGAACGAAAUGAAUACAUAUAUAUAUAUGAAACAGAAAGUAGAUGGUACAAAACUAAUUCUCGGGGAUGCGGCCAACAUCGUUAUUCUAUUGUCGUCUUAUUCCGGUGAAAAGCGUGGCGCCAGACUCUAUUCACAGCAUCACAAAGGGAUAAAUAACAGUUCUUCUGAAAAUGUGAUUUUCCUCUGAAUUCAAACAGAAUUUUCU